AUGGCUGCGGCCUUGGACCGUGCUGAGGUCGACACAGCCCGCCCGUUCCGGUCUGUCAAGGAGGCGGUGGCUGUGUUCGGCGACCGCAUACUUGUCGGCAACAGCCAUUCCAGGCACAGCAGUAGCAGUGCGGCCGCCAUUGCCACCCCAAGCGCCAGUGCCAAUGCCACUAGCGUUACUGCCAUCCCGAGUGCCAAGCAAGAAGCAAGCAGCAGCAGCAGCACCAUGACCUUCUCACCCACCCCAAUGGCCGAGAGCGAGGCGGAGAUAAUGGCCGCCACCGUGCCGAUGUACUCUGCGCCAUCCUCCCCGACAUCGCUCGCGUCAUCACCUUCGCCGGUCAAGCCGUGCAGGGGGCGCGACGGCGGCGACGACCACCGGGGCAAGGACAACGAGGCGGGCGGUGGUCUCGUGAUCGUGCGCUCCAUCCAGAAGCUGGAGGCCAACGUGGCGGAGACGCGGCAGGAGGUGGCGCAGCUCAGGAAGCGCGGGAACGAGAUGGAGAUGGCGCUGGCGAGCCUCAGCGCGCAGCUCCACCGGGGCCUCUCGAAGCUCGCCGAGAUGGAGGCCGACAAGGCGGUGUCGGCUGGGGUGGCGGGGCGGCGCAGCAUCGGGGGCGACACCGACGUGGAGUCGCUCACGCUCCGGAGCGAGCGGUGGGGCGACAGGCUCGCCGCAAGCGAGUACCUGCCGUCAUUCUCACACGCGCUGAGCCUUGGCGAGAUGGACGACGUCGAGCUUAUGGGCAGCGGCCGGAGGAGGAAGGCGCAGAUGGUCAAGCCCAUCGUGCCGCUUAUCGGUGACAUCCUCUUCUCCAGGAGGAAGAGCACCAAGCAGAAGGUUGACGAUGGCUUGUACAGUGGUGAUCUCUACGGCGUCCGAGGCUAG